AUGGAUCGGAAUCUAGCGCGCGCUGUGGCCGAUAAGCAGCCGGUCCCGGAGAUUGACUUCACCCUGCAUGUCAUGGAAGAUGGCAGCCAGGUGUCUACCCUAGAACGUGUUGUCAAAGAGGUGCAAGCACCUGCCCUGAACACUCCAUCAGACGACCAGUUCUGGGACCCUGAGGAUCAAACGAAGCCGAACCUGCAGUUUCUCAAGCAACACUUCUAUCGGGAGGGCCGCCUUACCGAAGACCAGGCCCUAUGGAUUAUACACGAGGGUACUCAAAUAUUGAGGUCGGAGCCCAACCUGCUGGAGAUGGAUGCGCCCAUAACCGUGUGCGGUGAUGUUCAUGGGCAGUACUAUGAUUUGAUGAAGCUGUUCGAAGUGGGAGGAGACCCCUCCGAGACGCGGUACCUUUUCUUGGGUGACUACGUUGAUCGGGGUUAUUUUAGUAUUGAGUGUGUCCUUUACCUUUGGGCACUGAAGAUUUGGUAUCCCAACACGCUUUGGCUGCUCCGCGGAAACCACGAAUGCCGACACCUGACGGACUAUUUCACUUUCAAGCUGGAAUGUAAACAUAAGUAUAGCGAGCGCAUCUAUGAAGCCUGCAUUGAGUCGUUUUGCGCGCUGCCGCUGGCGGCGGUCAUGAACAAGCAGUUCCUCUGCAUUCAUGGAGGUCUCAGUCCUGAAUUGCACACCUUAGAAGACAUCAAAUCGAUUGAUCGAUUCAGAGAACCUCCGACUCAUGGGCUCAUGUGCGAUAUACUUUGGGCCGAUCCUCUGGAGGACUUUGGUCAAGAGAAGACCAGCGACUACUUCAUCCACAACAGCGUCCGAGGGUGCUCGUACUUUUUCUCAUACCCUGCCGCAUGUGCCUUCCUCGAGAAGAACAACCUGCUCUCGGUCAUUCGAGCUCACGAAGCUCAAGAUGCGGGCUACCGCAUGUACCGCAAGACUCGGACUACUGGAUUCCCUAGUGUCAUGACCAUUUUCAGCGCACCGAACUACCUGGAUGUAUACAACAACAAGGCCGCCGUCUUGAAAUACGAGAAUAACGUCAUGAACAUCCGACAAUUCAACUGCACCCCUCACCCAUACUGGCUGCCUAACUUUAUGGAUGUCUUCACCUGGUCUCUCCCUUUCGUUGGUGAGAAGAUCACCGACAUGCUCAUUGCCAUUCUCAACACCUGCUCCAAGGAGGAGCUUGAGGAUGAGACGCCGUCAACCAUCUCACCCGCCGAGCCUUCUCCGCCAGUGCCGAUGGAUACAGCAGACACAGAGAGUACCGAGUUCAAGCGACGAGCCAUCAAAAAUAAGAUCCUUGCCAUUGGCCGUCUGUCUCGAGUUUUCCAGGUGCUCCGUGAGGAGUCUGAACGUGUUACCGAGCUCAAGACCGCGGCUGGAGGCCGACUGCCUGCGGGUACUCUGAUGCUAGGAGCGGAGGGAAUCAAGCAAGCUAUCACCAACUUUGAAGACGCUCGCAAGGUUGAUUUGCAGAACGAACGUCUCCCGCCAUCUCACGACGAGGUUGUUCGACGAAGCGAGGAGGAAAGACGCAUUGCCCUUGACCGCGCCCAACACGAAGCCGAUAAUGAUACUGGCCUCGCCACAGUUGCCAGGCGGAUCAGCAUGUCCGCCGGAUCAGGCAAAUCUCGCCGGCAACGGGACGGCAGUCGGGACUAG